AUGGUGGUUUUGCUAUUCAUCACAUGUUGGAUAAGAGGUUCAGGACGGAUUGCUGGAGUUGAGUGUGAUGACGAAUAUAGAGCUUCAAUUGAGAAACACCUGAAUGUUGUGUUCGUUCCUGAUUACAAUGUCAGUGUUGCAGAAUUGUUGAUUCCCAGAGGUGAGCUUUCACAGCAUAUGUCUUCUUACCCUUUUCCAUUCCAAUUUGAAGAUAGUAAUGAAGUGUUGAUUCCCAGAGGUGGAGGACAACACAGGGGCUGUUUUGCUGCAGCAUUUUCUAAACAGGGAAUGUUUUUCUGGCAGAUCCAACCCCGAAAAGCGGGGCUCUUCCCUAGCUAG